AGUUACAUGCCUAGCGUUGCAAGGAUCGUCACAUACCAACGACAUUUUUUCUCCGCUGCGGAACCAUACCACACCCACGAUGCCACCACGAAUACCUUCUCCCAUCUUCACCGCGGUCACCUUCUUUUGCCGACGAUGUUCUGCCAACUCCACGCGCUCAAUCUCCAAGGCCGAGCUACGGGUGAAUCACUACCGCGAGAACCCCAAAACGCCCAGACCGAAGCAGCACAAGCGUAAGGCCGCCCCGCCGCCGCCGCCGCCUCCUAAAGUCGAUAUCUCCUCUCCACCAGUCUCCUCUCCACCAGAGCGUCCGUCCGUCCACCCCGAGACCCUCAGUAUCUUCCGCACGCUGCGCCCACAGAACCGGGUGUUCACGCUCGCCACGAGCUCGCACGCGAUCGACCGGUCCCCGGCAAGCAUGCUCGCGCCCAUCGCCGGCCCCACGCCGCAGUACAACCAUCUCUAUCGCGUUGGCAGGGUUACCGAUGCCAGCAAGAGUGUCGCUCGCGCUGUCGAUGAGUCCACCGUCAUUGUGUUCUUUGGCGCACGCGGCGUGUGGUUCACGAGGUGUUCAAGGUGGAACCUCCUUUUUAAGACGGGCGCGCUGGGAGAGGUCAAGUGGUACCUUGAAGCGCUAGUCAAGGCGCUGCAGAUUUGCCGAGAGAACGAGGAGACCAGGAACACAAAUCUGGUGUUGGCUACGGAUAGCGCUGGGGUUGUCAAGGGCAUGACGAUUCAGGUUUCGAAGUGGAAGAAGAAGGCGUGGAGGGGGGAUAAUCGGCAGGAGAUACCACACAGAAGUCUGUGGGAGGAGGCGGAGCGGUUGGUUGAGGAGGUGGAGGCGGGGGGCAAGACGGUGAGGUUUUGGUUGUUGUCGGCGAAACAGAAUGAAGUUAUGAGGAUGAAGGCUGUGGAGAAGGUGGAUUGGAAUGGCGGUAAAACGGGAUCAUAGAAUGAGAAUGGU